AAAUUUAUUUUGAAGUCAAUUGAGCGCCUGACCGGAUCCUCCCCUAUUCCGUGUACGGAAAAUCAAAAAAAAAGAAAAGACAAGGAACCGAAGACAGGAAGAAUACAGCGAUAAGUCGUCCAUAUUGAUGUUGAUAUUAAACAUUGGGCCUUAACUAUUGGAUAAUGAAUUGGGCUCAGCAAUCCUAAUCAUUCAUGUGAUAAGAAGUAGACUAGAACCGGAGAAAGUCAGAAACAUACGGAAACCCUAUCUAAACCCCCUGCCCUCAGCUUCUAAUUUCUUCUUAUUCUUCUUCUCGUUAUAUAGAAUAUAGGUUUCAAAGUCGAGGAAUAGAUAGAGAGAAAAUGCCUCUAGGAGAAAGAGGAGGAUGGGAUAAGAGCGAGUCCAGGUACUGUGGGGUGGAGACUGAAUUCGAUGAUGACGUCCCUCGCCUUUUGUCUUUCAAUCUCUCCUCUGGCGGCUUUGAUUUUGUUGUGGCUCCUUUGAUGGAUCCUACUUACAGACCAAGCUUGAUGGAAGUAGACAGUGAUAGCUCUCAUGUUCUGCCAUUUGCUGGGUCGGACUUAGUUCUGAGUCCUUCCCAGUGGAGCAGUCAUGUAGUCGGAAAAAUCAGCCCGUGGAUUGACUUAGAUUCGGAGGAUGAGAUCCUUCGGAUGGAUUCUGAGACUACUUUGAAGCAAGAAAUAGCAUGGGCCACUCAUCUAUCCCUACAGGCAUGCCUUCUUCCUUCUCCUAAGGGAUCUUCAUGCGCUAAUUAUGCUAGAUGUGUGAAUCAGAUUUUGCAGGGCCUAAGCAAUAUGCAGCUUUGGCUAAGGAUUCCACUGUUAAAAUCUGAUGAUGAUUCAUUGGAUGUAGAUUCUGAUAAUUUGAUGGAUUCUUGGGAACUCUGGAAUUCAUUUCGACUAAUCUGUGAACACCAUAGUCAACUUUCCCUUGCCCUUGAUAUUCUGAGUACGCUGCCUUCUGCAAACUCAACUGGACGGUGGUUUGGAGAGCCUGUUAGAGCAGCCAUAAUACAUACUAAUUCUUUCCUGACAAAUGCACGAGGUUACCCAUGCCUGUCAAAGCGCCACCAGAAGCUAAUCAGUGGGUUUUUUAACCAUUCUGUACAGAUGGUUAUUUCUGGAAAGCCUGUACAUGGUAUUCCUGGAGCAACCAUAGGUUCAGUGGCUAAUCAUAUUGAUGAAAAUGUGAACAGUGGGCAAAGACAUCCUCUCAGGUCAUAUUUGGAUUAUGUGGGUUAUCUUUAUCAAAGGAUGGACCCACUCUCUGAACAAGAACGGAUUGAGCUUGGUUAUAGGGAUUUUUUACAGGCUCCAUUGCAACCUCUGAUGGAUAAUCUGGAGGCUCAGACCUAUGAAACGUUUGAGAAAGACUCAGUGAAAUAUAUGCAGUAUCAAAGGGCAAUCUGUAAAGCCUUACUGGACAGGGUCUCCGAUGCCGAAGCAUCAACAUUAACCACUGUUUUAAUGGUUGUUGGAGCAGGACGAGGACCUCUUGUGAGGGCAUCAUUGCAGGCAGCUGAGGAAACUGGACGCAAGCUUAAAGUUUAUGCGGUGGAAAAAAAUCCAAAUGCUGUGGUCACACUCCAUAGUUUGGUUAAACUGGAAGGGUGGGAAAAUGUUGUUACCAUAGUUUCAAGUGAUAUGCGUCUUUGGAAUGCUCCUGAAAAAGCUGACAUCCUGGUCAGCGAAUUGCUGGGAUCUUUUGGUGAUAAUGAGCUGUCUCCUGAGUGUCUUGAUGGAGCCCAAUCAUUUUUGAAGCAAGAUGGAAUCUCAAUACCCUCAUCGUACACAAGUUUCAUCCAACCAAUAACUGCUUCGAAGAUAUAUAAUGAUGUCAAGUCACAUAAAGAUGUUGUCCACUUUGAAACUGCUUAUGUUGUCAAACUGCAUAGUAUUGCCAAGCUUGCUCCUUCAAAAUCCGUUUUUACAUUUAAUCAUCCAGAUUAUUCAACUAAGAAAAGCAACCAACGCUACAAAAAGCUUCAGUUUGUGAUACCUCGAGACACUGGAUCAGUCAUGGUACAUGGAUUUGCUGGCUAUUUUGAUGCAACGCUCUACAAAGAUGUACAUCUAGGUAUUGAACCAUCGAUGGCCACACCAAAUAUGUUCAGCUGGUUUCCAAUAUUUUUCCCACUAAGGCAACCAUUAUGUGUACAACCUGGUUCCCCUCUAGAAGUACAUUUUUGGCGUUGUUGUGGUUCUUCCAAGGUUUGGUAUGAAUGGUGUGUGACGUCUCCUUGGCCAUCACCUAUUCACAACAGCAAUGGUCGUUCAUACUGGGUGGGACUUUAGAACUAUUUAGUUGUGUGGAGAGAGAUGGAGCUUGUUUUCAGUUUCGUAUUGCUGUGGCUGGUGGAGGGAAGAUGUAUUGCUUUGUAGCCGGUCAAAGCAGCAACCUUACCUUGAGCAAGUGGAAAUUUCAGGUGUGAUCCUAGAUACCUAAGAGAUAAGACAUCUGUUCCGCCUGAACUAGAUGUAAAUUGAGAACGGUUAUCAGUGAGAAUUACAUGGGGAUCCUGUUUCAACUUUUUAGUGUAAUGUGCUUGUGAUGUUUUCUGAACAUGAUGGAAUGACUUUGGCAUUUGGGGGCACUGCUUUUUUAAAAUUUUUUUCUCCCUUUGUUUCUUCCUAUCUUCUCUCCACCACCACCCCCCCCCCCCCAAAAAAAAAAAAAAAAAAAGGUUUCCCAUCUGUUUGGCUUUGUUUUGUACAACAGAAUUCUGUUCACAAAUUGCUCUGUAUUGAGAGGUAGCAUUUCUUUCA